AUGUUCUUCCAGGAUGGCCUCACCGGCAGCGCGUGGGGAGACUGGGCCAACUACACCGCUUCGCCUUUGCGAGCAUUCGAGAACGAGCUCGGAGUGCAGGCACCGUUCGGCUUCUUUGAUCCCCUCGGCCUCACAAAGGACGGGGACGUGGAGGCCUUCAAGCGCCGCCGCUCUUCGGAGCUGAAGAACGGCCGUGUCGCAAUGCUUGCCACCAUGGGCUACAUUGUGCCGGAGUACUUUCGCUUCCCAGGAUACUGCUCACCGACCGCCGGUGUGAAGUUCACCGACAUCCCGAACGGUUUGGCGGCGCUGAGCAAGGUUCCAGGAGCCGGUUGGACCCAGAUCUUCCUGUUCUUGGGCCUUGUGGAGAAGGGCCUCUACACCUACGACCCUACCCGCGAGCCGGGAAACUACGCCAAUGCUGGUGUCUUGGGCGUGCCUAACGGCAGCACCAUGGCCAAGGGCGAAGGCCGCAACCGCAAGCUCAACUCCGAGCUUGCCAACGGCCGGCUGGCGAUGAUGGCCAUCAUCGGCAUGUUCUUCCAGGACGGACUUACGGGCAGCGCAUGGGGAGACUGGGCCGCCUACACGGAUUCCCCUCUCCGUGCCUUCGAGAACGAGCUGGGUGUCCAGGCCCCUGUUGGCUACUUCGACCCUCUGGGCAUGUCCAAGGACGGUGAUGAAAAGACGUUCCGUCGCCGCCGUGAGAGCGAGCUGAAGAACGGACGCGUGGCCAUGUUCGCCGCCAUGGGAUUUAUCACGCCGGAGUACUUCCGCUUCCCUGGCUUUCUGUCGCCGAACCAGCAGCUGAAGUUCGCGGAUGUUCCCAACGGCCUCGCAGCCCUCUCCAAGGUGCCUUUCCUCGGCUGGAUCCAGAUCAUCGGCUUCUGCGGCAUGGUGGACUUCGGCCUCUACAG